AUGGAGGUGGUUGGGAGUGUGGUCGGAGCUGAUAAGCUGCGGCUCACACCCAGGCCCGCUGGAGAGACCAGAUUUACCAGGAAGACAAUGUCCACCAGGUCAGGCGCUCACAUGCACAGACACGGACCUGCUCGUUUGUUUAAGUAUUCUUGUGAGGACCGCAGCCAUGAAACUGCCACAACCUCCAACCCUGAAUUACAAAUAUUCAAGUGUGAUCAAACUGCAAGAAUAAAUAACAAAUCAGUUUAG